CUUCCUGACAAAGUGCAUGUUAGUUGCCUUUAUUUUAACAACAUCCCCAGUUUUCUUCAGACUUCUCAAGCUUGGAACUUAAAAAUAAGAUCUGCAAAAGUAUUCUGAGGUCUUGUAAAGUGACGUUAAUAGCAACCGCUCUAAUUCCUGCUAGAUGAGUGACCCAGGCAGAGAGUUAGACCAGCCACAACCACCAGACCAUGCUGGAGUCCAAGCUGUCUAUCAGAAGCUGGCCUUGCUGACAAAGCACAACCUAAAAAUACCUUCUUUUCAUAAAUACAACACACCUUUCAGUGAUGGAGAUUUACAGCCUGCAAAGAUAGUUGACCAUUAUUUGACAGGAAAAGAACUUUACAAAGAGAUCAAAAAGUACUAUGGACUGUCAGGAGCGGACUUAGUGAGGCAAAUAUAUUCUGAGCAUUUGCUAGAAGGGAACCAGUCAAAUGCAGCAGUUUCACACCCUAGCCAGAGGAUGAUUGAUAACAUCUUGGCCAGGAGAAGUAUUCAACGGCUUGAAAAGAAAAAACAAACGGCCAAAAUGAUCAAAAAGCUGAAUGAAGAAAAAGUGUGUUUGGAGAAAAUGCUCCAGGAGUUACAAUUAGAAAAGAAAUCCUUUAGGCAUGAUUUUAAAGUGUCUCCUCAAGACAUGGAAAAUAAAAGUACUCUGCAGAAUCGAAUCCACUCUACUAUGGAGCGUUUGCCUGAACUAGAGGCCAGAGUCCAGAACCUCAGAGAGGAGCUUUAUAGAGAAGAUGAGAAGAAGCUAAGGCCUUACGUUGGAGAGUCCUUGUCAGUUGCUGCUGAGCCGUAUCAACUACAAGACAUGAAAAUGGUUCAAGAACUACUUGGUGAAAUGGUGGAAGAUCUGAUGGAUGACUACAUAAUACAUGUGCCUCAAGACAUAAAACCAGAGUGUGAAAAGGAUAAACGAGUCAAGAUACUUGAGGAAAUGUCAUUUGAAAGAGCAGUUCAGCUCAUCAUGGAGCAGUUGGUUUUGGAGGUAACGUUUGAGAUGGCAAAGCAGCUGGGUCAGGAGACAUUCACUGACAAGAGCCCAACGUGGACUUUAGGUUUUGACAUAAUCUUCAGAGCCACAGAAGAAGCAAGUAACAUCAAGAAACAGAGAGAAAAAAAUCAAGAUGAUGUUCAAACCCAUUUUAUCCUACAACAAAUCAAAGUCCGAGAUGACCACAGGAAAGAAAUGUGGAAACACACACUGGAGGAACAAUGCUGAGGAUGCAAAUGUGCAGAGAAUUGGCUAUAUUGGUGAUGGGUUGGCAUAACUUCAACAUGUUUAUCUAUAAUGGCCCAAUUCUACUCCCAUUGAAGUCAGAGAGUCACUCCUGCAGUUUUGUCAUUGAAAUCAGUGGGAGCAGAACUGGACCUGGAGCAGUAGGCAUUAUAAAGGCAGCAUUUCCUAACAGUUACUGCAUGAUGGUAUCUGACAUACCUCAAUUUUUCAACAGGGAGCCACUAUUCAGACCUCAUAGACAGGAAAUGAGUCUGGCAGAAACAUUGGAAGAAAUAAUGUUCGUCAAAAGAGUUAGACAAUGGAGUGAGCAGUAAUUUCAGAGAAAAAUAAAGAUGGAAUUUAAAGCAAAUUUUUUCUUUUCCUCGGGAACAAUCAUGAUUUCUACAAGAUUAUGGAGGUCAGAUAAACAGCAAAGUGAAAAAAUCACAAGAGAAUUGGCCAGCUGAUUCAAGGAGCACUGAGAAUGUGUAUUAGAAGCUAACACUCAGAUAUGAAUCAAGAGCUCUACUCGUUAUUAACUAUUUAGUGUUGUAAUCACUUUAAAAAUGUAAAACAUAUUUCAAAGUGGAUUCACUGUUUCAUGUAGACAGUGUGGAUGGGCUUUUCAAAAAGGCUAAAACUCACCUUACUGACUGCAACAGGAGCAGAGUCUGGUCAAUGCUGAAUGCUUUUGAAAGUCCCACUCUCUGUGUUUACUGUAAAGCAGAAGUGGGAGAGGAAGAAUUGUCUAGUGAUUAGAGCAGGGCACUAAGAACCGAAGUCCUGGGUUUGAGUCUCAACUUUGCCACUAAAUCAGUGUAUGACUUUGGG